UUCAAUUUUAUUUUACAGUGGGACAUAGUCUGUGACAAUGAUUGGAAGGCACCACUGACAACAUCUUUAUUUUUUGCUGGCGUUCUUACAGGCUCAUUUGUUUCUGGGCAGCUCUCUGACAGGUUUGGGAGAAAGAAGAUCCUUUUUGCAACUAUGGCAGUCCAGACUGGUUUUAGCAUUGUACAAGUGUUUUCAAAUAGCUGGGAGAUGUUUACGGUUCUCUUCCUGAUUGUCGGCAUGGGACAGAUUUCCAACUACGUUGCUGCUUUUAUUCUGGGAUCUGAAAUUCUUGGCAAAUCUGCUCGAAUUAUCUUCUCAACAUUAGGAAUUUGUAUCUUUUUUGCAAUUGGCUAUAUGAUCCUGCCUCUGUUUGCAUAUUUCCUCCGAGACUGGAGGACACUACUGAUGGCUCUGACCGUGCCUGGGCUCCUAUGCAUUCCUCUGUGGUGGAUUAUUCCGGAAUCUCCACAAUGGCUGAUCUCUCAAGGAAAGAUAGACGAAGCAGAGGUCAUAAUAAGGAAAGCGGCAAAGCUAAACAAGGUUUCAGCACCAGCUGUAAUAUUUAAAGCAUUUGAGCUGGAUGAUAUUAAAGAAAGGCAAAACAAACGUCACACAAUUCUGGAUCUAAUUAACACUCACAAACAUGCGAAUCAUCACCAUUCUUACUAUCUUAUUUUGGAUGAUUGUAUCCAUUGGGUAUUUUGGUGUUUCACUAAACACCCCAAAUUUAAAUGGGGAUCCAUUUCUUAACUGCUUCCUUUUGGCUGCCAUUGAAGUUCCAUCAUACAUAAUAGCAUGGCAGUUGCUCCGACUUGUACCCAGACGAUAUUCCAUGUGUGGGACAAUGCUCCUUGGUGGAGUUGUGUUGCUUCUUGUUCAACUGGUACCUAUAGAUCUGCACACCGUAUCCACUAUUAUGGUGAUGAUAGGGAAAUUUGGAGUGACAGCAGCAUUUUCUAUGGCUUAUGUCUACACAGCUGAACUUUACCCCACUGUAAUCAGGAAUAUGGGUGUGGGGAUUGGUUCUAUGUCUUCUAGAGUAGGAAGUGUCAUUUCUCCAUACUUUGUUUACCUUGGUGCUUAUAAUAGGCUGCUGCCUUACAUCUUGAUGGGGACACUGACUGUAUCCAUGGGACUGUUAGUAUUGUUCUUCCCAGAAACUUUUGGCAAACCGCUGCCGGAAACUAUGGACCAGGCUCAGAAAGUAAAAGGGUUAUGUUGCAAAAGAAACCACCAUAUACUUUCAGAAGAAAAUCCAGAAGAAAUAAAAAAAUGGCAUGAUUUUAAUGAGUUCACAAUUAUAG